AUGUUGCUAACUUAUUGGUUAUUCCAUGUUAUUUUCACGUUGCCACCCACGUUUUUGCUCCACAUGGCCUUGAGGCCGAUGCUGUCUUCCAGGGACACAUUUCGCUUGAUCUUCUUGGUGACAGUGGCUGUUUCCUACACGCUGCCCUGGGAUAGCUACAUCAUCAAAAACAAAGCUUGGGGCUAUCCAGAUUGGUCUGUCUUGUUCACGUUGUUCGAGGUGCCUAUUGAGGAGAUCUUCUUUUUUAUUAUACAAACCUUCUUUACUACAUACAUUUAUACUCUGUUUACGAUUCCGAUUAUCCCAGCACUCUACAUUCUUCCAGGACCAAAUGAUCUUGAGUAUCGCUCGCCGACGGUUUGGAAGAUGUUACGUUGGGGUCCUAGCAUUGGGUUUUCGAUGAUAGCAGUUGUCUCUUGGGUUCUAUGCGAGCCAGGGAAGAAAUUGUUUUAUCUUACCGCGACUGGGUUCUGGGCAUCACCAAUUUGCGGUGGCCUAUGGGCACUCGGAGGAGAUCACGUGAUGCGGCGGCCGUAUUCGAUUAUGAUCUCUAUUAUAAUCCCCACGCUCUAUCUCAGCUUUACCGACACUGUAGCUAUUCGGAGCGGGACCUGGUUCAUCUCACCAAUCACCAGCACUGGGAUUUUUGUUGCUCCGGAUUUGCCUCUAGAGGAAUUCGCAUUUUUCGCAAUUACCAAUGUUGUUCUUGUGCUUGGACUGGCGGCCAUUGAGAAAUUUGAUGCCAUCGCGGACACCUGGCCUGAAUUAUAUCGUCGAUCAUCCAGUUCGAACAUACACUCAUCCAAAAUCGCGUAUUCUGCUCAUGCGCCGGUUAGCUUUUGGGCACAAUUCCAAGAUUUGAUUCGGGCCAUUGAUAUGGGCACUCGACUCGAGACAAGAAUAAGCAAAUUUACUCCGGCUACGUCCGAAAGAAUUCAACAGCUCAAUCGGACUUUGGAAGUCUUAAGUGUUGCUAGCAAAAGCUUCUACUCCGCUAGUUUCAUUUUCCCCAACUUUUGUGCAAUCCGCUCGAAAUUCGUGAUUCUCUAUGGUUUCUGUCGGGAGACAGACGAUCUGAUCGACCAUGCGGCAGACAAACAGGAAGCCAGAAAGGUGGUAGAAAUGUGCAAGGAAUUUUUAGACUUGCUAUGGCCCACCGAUCACGAUGAUCUCAAGGACGCAGAGUGUAACAAAGGAUUCUUCUCCUUAGUCACCAACUUGGAGUCGAAAGAAGCUGAAUUUCAAUCCAGACUCGAAAAAUUUGUAAGCUCCAAGGUGCCCGAAAAAUCCCGUCCGACGUUUUUAAUCUUUUCAACAAUGCGCAAAAUUCUAAGACGUGAGCCAUUUGACGAGUUAAUAAGCGGGUAUGAAUACGAUUCAAUCGAAUUCGUCAACAAGGAGAUUAGAAAUGAAGACGACCUGAUGCAAUACUCGCGAUGGGUGGCUGGUUCCGUCGGUGAAAUGUGCGUUUCAAUCAUGUGGUGGGUUUACGGAGCUUCGGAAAACGAAAUCGAACGGCAGGCGAUCCUUCGCGCGGCAAACGAGAUGGGAUGUGCUCUCCAACUGAUCAACAUCGCGCGUGACGUGAAGGAAGACGCCAAGAUUGGCAGAAUAUACGUUCCCAAAAUCUGGUUUGAAGGCCAAGUCGAUGGAUUACGAUUAACGGACUGGGAGAACUUGAAAAACCAGACCGAACUCGAAACCUUUCCUUAUGAGAUCGUAGCUGAGAAGUUGUUGGAGAUCGCCAAUCAGUACCAAGCUCAGAGCAGAGAAGCCAUCGAACGAUUGCCGCUCGCCUUUCGACCCGGAAUCCGAGCUGCCACAAGAGUGUACAUCGAGAUUGGGCACAAAAUAAGGGCCAGAUUUCAAGCUGCAAACUUAUCAACUACUAGCGCUUCACCCUACAACCAUCAAACUCCGCCAUACAUAGCAAGCAACGAAUUCAAGACUGUCGUCAAUGACUCCACCGUCCAGCCUUUCGGCCGUUCCGGGAAACAAUUCCAACCAAACGUUCUUAGCAGCAGAGGCGAAAAGGAGUACAGCUGUGGUCCUAAAUGGAACGGGGAUCGCAUCUUUCUCACUCAGUUUCAACGCCUCAGGGUCGUCGUUCGAGAAUUAUGGGGGCUUGGUGGCAUAUGA